AUGUACAACCUGCAGGACGCGCUGCUGCGUUGGGCCGCCUUCCUGGCGCCCCCGGCACUCCGGGAAUCCCUGGCGCCCGCCCGGGACCACAGGCUCCGCCCGCCGGCUCGUAGGCCCGGCCUACCCCUACCCCCGGCCCCGCCCUGCGCUCCUCCUCCGGCCCAGGCUCGGCCUCGGGGCGGGGGCCCGUGCUCGCCGCUGACCAUGGAGGGGGGAACGCUCGGCGACACCGGGGCGACAGUGACGGCCGGGGAGGCCGCGCCGCUUGUCCGCAUCCAAGUGGCGGCGGCCGAGGAGGAGCCGGUGGCGCGGCCGGAGGGCGGCAGCGUGGGCAGCGGCACGGAUGAAGAGGCGGCUCCCGGGCCCGGGAUAAACAGCGGUACUGAAGAUGAUCUGGCGGCGGAGUGGGCGCCACCGGACAGUGAGCUGGUACAGAAACUUGUUGCCCAGAUUGAAUAUUAUCUGUCUGAUGACUACCUGGAAAACGAUGCAUUUCUACUAAAGCACGUGAGAAGAAAUAAGAUGGGCUAUGUCAGUGUUAAACUGCUGACUUCUUUCAAAAAGGUAAAACACCUCACUCGUGACUGGCAAACAACUGCCUUUGCUCUGAAGUACUCUGACCUUUUGGAACUAAAUGAUGAAGGGAAAAAAGUGAGACGGAAGACAGUCGUUCCAGUUUUCCCCAGUGAGCAUCUUCCAAGUCAGAUACUGCUGGUAUAUGAUAUGCUUCUGUGUCCAGAACUCCAGGUUUUAAAUGAUAAUCUAGAAUGUGACAAUGCUGGCUUGCAAGAAAGGAUAAUGGAGUACGUACUGAAGGCAUUUGGUGUGUUUGGUCCAGUUAUCUCGGUUCGUGUUAUAAAGCCAGGGAAGGAGCUCCCUGCAGAUGUGAAAAGACUGGGCAAUCGCUAUUCACAGUUGGGAACAAAGGACUGUGUAAUUGUAGAGUAUGAAAAUGUUGAAUCUGCAAUUAAGGCACAUAAAUCACUUGGAAAAAACGAUGAAAGGGGAAUGAAAGUGGUGCUAAUAGAGAUGAAACCACCAAAGAAGAAAGUUGUCAGAGAGAAGAACAAAGAAGCUGAAGAUGUUGGCAAGAAUGAGAUGAAAAGCAAAUCUAGCAAUAAGCGAGUGGAGGAGUUGCAGUAUAUAUGUGAAGAUUCCUCAGCAUGCAGCUCUUCUGAACCAGAGAGCAACCCUGCAUCUCCUAUGCUUGGCCGCAAACCCAAACCCAUUAAUCAACUGAGCCCCAACACCUAUAAAAACAAUCACCUGAGUCCUAACACUUCUCCCCGAGCUAGUCCAUGGAACAGUCCGCGUUCCAGCCCAUCGAUGCAACGGAAAGAUACGGCUGUGCACAAAUCUCCGCUCACUGCAGAUGCUAAGCUUGGAGCUCCUGCAAAUGCUGAGGUUGGAAGUAAGUGGACUGACUAUUCAUCGGACAGCAGCAACACACCGUCUGGCAGCCCCUGGGUACAGAGACGCAAGCAAGCUCAGGUGGUAUCACAUGAGAAUACUCCAGUUGGCAGCCCCAUGCUUUCUAGAAAGAUGCACAGUGCAGGCGGGCUGCCUGCAGGAGUAGUACGCAUGCCCAGAGGACCAGACGGCACUAAAGGAUUCCAAACAUCUGUAGAGAGGAGCAAGCCGCUUGUAAUCUGAGUCUUGUAACCUACCCUAGCUAUCCUCAGUAAUGCCAGAUUUGUACUUGGUAAAUUGAAAUUAUUUCAGUUAAACCAUAUGUAAUGUGAUUUAAACGUAUCCUAUGUUGAGUUGGUAUUUCAUGUAACUGUGCAGGAGUAAACUGCAUUUUUUUAUUUCCAUGUUUUUGGGUGAAAUAUCCUACCUUUUUAUUUUAAACUAUUGUUUACAAGUGGGCUGUAACCUAACCCAAGGCUAAUAUUUUUGUUAACCUGACAAUGCUAUGAAAGUGCAGCUGGUAAUUGGGGGAUGUGGGGAGAGACUUGGACUUAUUAGGUUGAGUAACGGUGCAGAAAGGGACACUGAGCUGGUAUUCAUACUUGAAUGAAAAGAUGGUGUAUAUUGUUGUGAUUUGAAUAAAUGCAGAUUAAACAUCCUUCUACUCCUG